UUCCUCAAUGACUACCUAUCUAUAUACUACUAUCCAGACAAGUACUGGUCUUUAGCUGUGCCGAGCUAUUCGUUGAUGUUGAUGGUUUAUAUCUACGCUGCUCUUGCUUUGUACAACACAGAGGUGCUUACGUUGCCCUUAGACGAUGUCCGCAAUUUUGUAGACGACCACUCUGUGUUUCCUGGCUCUGAUAAUACGAAACAGGAAGAGAGAAUCGCAGCUGCUGUAGAGUAUGUCCAUAAAGCUCCCAGUGGUGUAUGGGAUCUUCCCAUAACAUUAGUAAAUGAGGUAUUGUAC